AUGAACAAACUGUUCUCUAAUCCGCUAUUUCCAGCUGGUGUUAGUGUUCUUCUUGUUGACGAUAAUGCUACCUGUCUCCGAAUACUAGAAGCUUUGCUACUCGCAUGCCACUACAAAGUGGUGAAAUGUGGAGGGGCGAUAGAUGCUUUGAGAAUCCUUCGAGAGGGUAAAGAGGAGAUCGACAUUGUUUUAAGCGAGCUACACAUGUCUCGCGUCAAUGGAUUCAAGCUUCUCGAUCGAAUAAUCGGACUGCAAAUUGACCUCCCUGUUGUGAUGAUCUCGAGUGAGGAGAGAGUCGAUGCAAUAAAGAAGAUAGUGAUCCAGGGGGCGUGUGGAUACUUACUAAAGCCGGUGAGGAAGGAAGAAAUUAAGCUCUUAUGGCAGCAUGUUGUUCGUCACAAACAGCAGGGGAAUUGGGGGAAGGGCAUAAGGCCGCCGCCGCUGCCGCCUGCGGCGGCGGCGGCCGGUGAGAUGCCGCCGCAGCAGAAAAGUGUAGAAAACUGUGAAAGCUCAAACAAUAAUAGGGAUGAAGAUACUAAUGCUACGGCUACUACGGCCGACGUUAAGAAACUGCGAUUUGUGUGGACACCACAGCUUCACCAGCAAUUUGUCGAUGUUGUUAAUCAAAUUGGUCUUAGAAAUGCCGUUCCAAAGAAAAUAUUGGAUUUGAUGAACGUUCCCCAUCUAACCAGAGCAAAUGUUGCCAGUCAUCUCCAGAAAUAUCGGAUUCAACUACAAAGGGAUGGGGAUCAGAAAUCACACAAGAAGUUGAGCAUUCAUCACUUCCAUUAUGAAGACAUGGUGUUGAACAAUGAACAACAAGCCGUGACGCCGACGGUGUUCGAUCAUCUCGGCGGUGGCGACUAUAACUAUGUUAAUGUUUACAACUAUGGCGGCCUAUGCCGACGGGUAAGAGGUAGUCCAACCAUAGAUAACAUUCUCAAUACAACAACUACGACUGUGGACGCUGUCAUCCUGCAAUCCCAACCGUAUACCGGAAAUAAUUAUCCCAACCAGUUGGGAAGUGCUUCCAGCAUGCUUCGCCAACAAGAUCACACCCAGUACAAUGGCGAAGAAGGAGAUUUUGGAGUCUCCUUGUACGAUUUUUCUGGCACAGAUAGUAAUUAGUUUGGAGAAUUACUAAACAUAACUUGUAUGAUAUAAUUAUGUCUA